GCCAUGUUGGCCAUGCAGAACGUAGAUACAGUGGUUUGGUUGUCACCUUUCGGAAGCUGCUGUAGCAGUUGCGGUAGUACAACAACUAUCAGCACCUUCUGCCGCCGUGUGGCAAACUCGUUCCGCAACAAUUUCCUCUACACCCUUUUCACGGACCGAACCACCUACGUGUUGAUAAAAAUUUUCAACACGAAGAAAAAAUCUUCUGGAACAACUACCUGGGGCACCCUUGCGACCGCGCAUGACAGGAAUAGUUUCUGUGAAACAAAAAACGCAUUCCAAAUGAACGUCUUUUCGCAGUUACACAGACUUACCAUGUGCUGUCUCGUUGUGCUUCUGAUCGCAUGGGGUUGGGGCUACUUUUUGGGGCUGCAGCAGCUGUUUCAUUUUUCGACAACUUCAUCUACCGACCAUGCGGUCGUGCAGCAGGACGAAACAAGUCAAUCCUCUUCUCCCCCUGGAAGAUCUGAUUUUUACAGUUCCCUUGCGAUCCUUUUCGUGCUGGAGUGGGUCUUUCUCACACUUCUCUCCCCGGUUCUGGGUCUUGUGACCUCGCUGGUUCCGGUUUACGCGGUAAAUGCGAGUUUGGUUUUCGACGGCGCAUUUCUGUCGAACGAACGCCUGUUCCCAUACCGAUACCACGCCAACGACCAGAAUGACACCGCAUCAUCAAACGGCGCCGCUGCCUUGUACGUGGUGGUGGCCCAAAACGCUUUACUCGCGUUGGUCUUCAAUUUCAUCCUCCGAGCGGCCCUACACCUGACACUGACGAAAAUCCAUAUUGUGAGGAGAUACCUGUCUGUUGGAGCUUACCACGUGAUUUACCAAGUUUUACUUUUCCGGCCGAACAGAUUCGAGACGUUUUGGAGACAGUGGGACCAAAUUUUGGACAGAUUGGUGGAGGAGGAGGAAGAGAGGUUGGUCGUUUUGGCACAAAUAAACUACAGCGACUUCUACAACCCAGAGAAUUCUUGUUCAGCAUCUGAUAGAAUUUCUCCUGAUGCGCCAGCGCCACAACUUCUGCUCACACAAAACUACAAAUCCGUCCUUCUUCUCUGUCCCUACGGAAUCCGGGCAAUGUUGCAAGGCAGAAGGGAAAAUUUAUUUUCCUGUGCGACCGCAUCUAGAACAAAGACAAACUACCUCACAUUUUUCCCAGCUGUUCUGGUCGGAACUUGUUUAGGGUUCUUUUCGACCACUUGGAUGCGCGAAGACCUGCAAUUUGAUGACACGAUCUUGGACACUCCGGGCUGGCAACUACUCAACAGCACACUCUCGAAUCUUCUUCUCACCACCUACUUCGUCAUCGCGCCGGGAUAUUUUUUCCUCUCCCUCGUCGCAAGAGUAGCAGUUGGGGGUCAGAGCGACCUGCUCACAUCAACUUCAUCUUCAUCUUGUGUUGCAGGAACGCCAGGAGCUCCACAUCGUCGUCCUCUUUCCACCCUCUACGAACGCCUCUUCCUGAUCCCGAGAAGCGAUUGUGACUCGAUUGACUUGGACUACGAACUUCACGAACAGAAGACGCUCAAACUGUUGGAAAACGCGCUGCUUGAAAAGUUGAUGCCGGUUCAGUACCGAACCUGUCUGGUGCUAGGUUCGAGUUGCGUCGCGAUUGGGUUUUGGGGGUUGGUUUUGGCGUUGUUGGUUUCGAGCUUCCUCUUUAUUGUCCAUCCCUCAGCAGGUGGAGCGUCGUCGGGUUGUGCGCUACUUGCUGCCGAAAACGAAGAGGAUCAAGAGGAACAACAUCUGCUCUCAUCUGGAAAGAUGAUUUUCCAGCCUUUGUUCGCAGUACCAAUUUUCCUUCUCUGCAUCGGCAACAUUCUCUGUGCGAUUUUUUACCGAAAAAAGCGGCUUUUAACCAAGAACGCGGUCGAAACGAGAAGACACAACAUGCGGGAAGGGAAUAUUAAACGCGUGUCUAUGACGGUGUCGGAGGAAGAUAUUGGGAGGUUCGGAUACCCCUUGAUAGCUGAAGAUAGCAGCAGCAGCAGUCGCACCGGACUGCUGUCUGAUAAACCUCGUGCGGGUCGUGACUGCAUCACAAUGGAAUCGAAAUCGAAAACUGCGACAUCCGUACUACUGGCUGUUGGCUGCACAGUAGGAGUCAAAAGCGGAUCAAUCCAGGGCGGAGGGGGUAGUAGUUCAUCUGGAGAACAACGACGAGACUACAGUCCGGGGACGAGAGGCGGGAGACAUACAGACCAAUCCACAGAAAAUACGACGCCGUCGUCUACUGAGA